GAUGAUGAUGAUGAUGGCGGUGUUGGAGGAGCAACGCUGAGUUCGCUCUCCCAGCUUUCGCUCCCCCCUUUUUCCAUUCAUUCUUUUACCGAUUACAUAGAAAAAUAGCGACAUAUAUAAGCGACACCGCCGCUUUUGACCGUCCACCUUUUCCUUCUCCCUCCCGUCUCCUGAGCCGAGACUGAGAUGGGGAACGAAGCGAGCAUGGAGGGUGGCGGGCAGCCCGGAGAGCCGGGAGCCGCCGUCAUGAUGGGGUCGGCGAUGCCCGGAGGACCCGCAACAGGCACGGGGGCAGGACAGCACAUGAAGCCGGUCAACGGAACUGCUGCAGGGGGAGGGAUUGGGGUCGGAGGCCCCGGGAUGGGAAUGACCAGGGGUCCGAUGGGUCCGAUGGGAAGCCCCAAGCUCGGCAUGCAACAAGGAGGUCAUGGAGGGGGAAUGGGAGGAAUGGGAGGGAUGGGAGUUGGAAUGGGCGGAGGAGGAGGAAUAGGAGCCAGACCUGGAGAGCCCUACCGCCUGGCCACUCAUGACACCCCCACCACCCCGCGGCAUAUGCAGUCGAGCCAGGGGCCCGGCAUGGGGCACGUCCCGGUGUCUGGCCACGGCAUGGGUCACGGCCCAGCCGGGACCGGCAUGGGAGGCCAUGGCGGUCAGCCAAGCCCCGGGCAGCACGCCUCCCGUCGUAACCUCCAGGUCGACUUCAGCGGCUCGGGCGGCUCCAGGACAGGUCGGUCCUCCUCCGCGUCGCCUGACCGCGGCGUGACGCCCACCUCGCCCUACUCCGUGCCACAGAUCGCACCCAUGCCGAGCAGCAAGCUGUGCCCGGUGUGCAAGUCCACUGGGCUGUCCAACCCACCGGCUUUACCCAACUACAACACCUGCACCCAGUGUAAGGCCUGCGUCUGCAACCAGUGUGGAUUCAACCCCAACCCACACCUCACUGAGGUCCAGGAGUGGCUGUGUCUGAAUUGUCAGAUGCAGAGAGCUCUUGGCAUUGAUAUGACCACGCCUCGCUCUAAGAGCCAAAAGCAGAUUCACUCCCCAUCACACCAAGCCAAGCCCAUCGUCCAGCCUCAACAGCCCACACUUCAGCCAAUAAAGCCGGCAGCAGCAGCACAGCCCAAACCUUUGGCGCAGAGUCAGCCCACCCAGCGGCAGCAGCAGCAGCAACAGCCCCAUCAGCAGCCUCAGUCUCAGCCCUACAGCCAGACUCAACCCUACUCCCAGUCUCAGCCUUACAGCCAAAAUCAACCCUACUCCCAAUCCCAGUCUCAGCCAUACGCCCAGUCUCAGCCAUACUCCCAGCCCCAGUCCCAGCCCCAGUCCCAGCCCCAGUCCCAGCCCCAGUCUCAGCCAUACUCCCAGCCCCAGUCCCAGUCCCAGCCCCAGCCCCAGUCUCAGCCAUUCUUCCAGCCCCAGUCCCAGCCCUACUCCCAGUCCCAGCCCUACUCCCAGCCCCAGUCCCAGCCAUACUCCCAAUCUCAGCCAUACUCCCAGCCCCAGCAGUAUCCCCAGUCUCAGCCCCAGUUGUACCCUGCAUCCAAGCCAGGACCCCAAAAUCAGCCUCAUACUUCCCCAGGAUUGCAGAGACAACCAAACCCUGGCGGCCAACAGACCCAGACAGGGUCCUUUCAGCAGGGCAUGAAGUCCGACCAGUACUCCCAGAGAGGCCCUGGAGCUCCAGGAGCUGCUGGAGGUCUCACAGGAGGCCUUAACCAGCCUGGGGGUCCAAGGAUUCCCCAUCCUGGAGCUGUGCCUCUCCCUGGCAUGACCAAGGCACCGUCACAGCCCGAUUUGGGUCACGGUUCUCCAAUGCACCAGUCUGUAGCGCGUCACCAUGACCAGACCAGGAGCGCUGGUUCAUCCCCAGCCCACAGACCUCAGAGUCAGGCCCCUCCUCCUGCCCAGGACGGCCUGACCAAACUUUUCGGCUUCGGGGCAUCGCUGCUCAAUCAGGCCAGUACCCUGAUCAAUGUUGACCCGCUAGCCGGCGCCUCCACCCAGCCAAGCCCUGCACGGGGCAAGGUGGUGUUCAGUAAUACGACUGCUGACAACAAGCAACAGCAAGGAACCCCUGCCACCAAACCAUUCAGUAUGGGGGGCCCUCAUGCGCCGAGUCAAAUGGGUGGCCCUCAUGCCCCGAGUCAAAUGGGUGGCCCUCAUGCCCCCACUCAAAUGGGUGGCCCUCAUGCGCCCACUCAAAUGGGUGGCCCUCAUGCCCCCAGUCAUAUGGGUGGCACUCAUGCACCGGGUCAAAUGGGUGGCCCUCAUGCCCCCAGUCAUAUGGGUGGCCCUCAUGCACCGGGUCAAAUGGGUGGCCCUCAUGCGCCGGGUCAAAUGGGUGGCCCCCAUGCACCCAGCCAAAUGGGGGGUCCUAGGAUGGGUGGACCGCAAGCACCAUCUCAGAAGCAGCAGACCACGUCGCAUCAACAUGGAAUGCCCCAACAGCAGUCGCCCGCACACCAUCAAAAAGGGCCGCAAGGACAACAGCAUCAGCAAACACCUGCUCAUCUGGAGAAAGCGCUGCAGAAGCAGGCGCCCGUGGUGGCACCCAAGCCUGCUCCAGAGCCUGAGAAGCCAAAAGUGAACUGUCCUCUUUGUAAAACGGAGCUGAACAUCGGCAGCUCCGACCCGCCCAACUACAACUCCUGUACAGUGUGUCACAGCCAAGUGUGCAACCUGUGUGGCUUCAACCCCACACCACAUCUGGUGGAGAAAAAGGAGUGGUUAUGUCUCAACUGCCAGACCCAGCGGCUGUUGUCCGGAGGAGGUCUGGACGAACCUCCCCUUCCUGUUCCUCACCUGUCUCCCAAGCACCUGCCAAUGGGUUCACCCCGUCACCAGGUGCCAGCCAAUCAGCAAAGCCCUCUCCACAAGGCCACCAAUCAGCAGGGGCCCAGGCCUGCCCAGCCGCAAACGCAAAAAGCGCAGACGGGAAGUGGCGUGAGCGGACUGUUUGCUCCAGCUGCGGCUAAACAACUAACGGACACCAAGACAACGACACCUGUGUCAACCACAGAGACCCAGAAAACUCUGAAACCCACAGAGGAGAAGCCCAAACCCGAGCCUGAGAACCAAACUGACAAAGACACCAAAACCUGCCAGAAGAAAGGAGAGCCCAUCACACCGAUCAAGGAAAUGAAGAAGUCCAGGCACUAUGAUGAUACAAAAAACAACAGCACCCAUGACUUGUCACGCAGCCCUCAGAGCCUCAGUGACACCGGCUACUCCUCUGAUGGCAUCUCCAGCUCCCACAGUGAAAUCACAGGUCUAAUCCAAGAAGAGGAGAUGAAGCUGAGCGAGAGGGGCAUCACUGGACGAGGCUCCCCACCGAGCCCUUCAGAAAUCACCAAGCUAGAGAGCUCCAUGAGGCCUUUGCUGGAGAAGAGCCUGUCUGAAGACAAGGGGGACAGAAGAGGGAGGAAGCACAGAGACUUGGAUGACAGAGGGAAGCAGCGCCCACGCUCCCUGUCAAUCCCACCAGAUUCAUACGACUCUGACGAGGAGUUGGAAGAUAUAAUGGAGGAGGAAGAGGACGGAGGAGAAUGGGAUGGUAAACGGAAGGAAGUGAAGGAGGAGAAGAAAGAGAAGAAAAACAAGGAAAAAGAGGCUGAGCCCACAGAAAUGACAGAUGAAGAGUUCAUGAGGAGACAAAUAAUGGAGAUGAGCGCUGACGAAGAAAAUGAGGACGAAGAAAUGGAGGAAGAAGAUGAGGAGGAAGAUGAAGGAUAUGGCUACCAGAAACCCAAAAAGAGCCACCUUAAACAUGUCUCUGACUCAGGGAAGGAGAAAAGACGUCUUCAGCACCACUCUAGCAGUUUUGAGGAGGAAACAAAGAGCUCCUCUGAUGUCUAUAAAGGCUCAAUGGAGGAGGGUGAAGAUGAUUUGAUGGCACAAGGAGGCUUGAGGCGCUUCAAAACCAUUGAACUUAAUAACACCAGCAGCUUCAGCCGGGACAUGGAGCUGGGCAAUGAAAAUGACUUGAGCCUCGAUCGGGAACCAGAGCUUGAGAUGGAAAGCCUGACAGGAUCUCCCGAAGAGCGUUCUCGGGGCGACUACUCCUCCACCGUGCCAGCUAGCUCAUCCUCAUAUGGCUCAGGCCAGUCUCCUACUUCGAUUUCAUCAAUGGAAGAGGACAGUGACAGUAGCCCCAGCAGAAGGCAAAGGCUGGAAGAGGCCAAGCAGCAGAGGAAAGCGCGCCACCGCUCCCACGGUCCACUCCUUCCCACCAUUGAAGACUCUUCAGAAGAGGAUGAGCUGAGAGAGGAAGAAGAACUUCUGAGAGAACAGGAGAAGAUGAGGGAGGUGGAACAACAGAGGAUACGGAGCACAGCACGAAAGACCAAGAGGGAUAAGGAGGAGCUAAGGGCUCAGAGGCGCAGAGAGAGAUCCAAGACACCACCUAGCAAUCUCUCACCCAUUGAAGAUGCUUCUCCAACCGAAGAACUGAGACAGGCGGCCGAAAUGGAAGAGCUCCAUCGUUCAUCUGCUUCAGAAUAUUCCCCUCAGAGUCUGGACUCAGAGGCUGAGGGGUACGAGUCAAAACUUUACAAGUCAGGCAGCGAAUAUAACCUGCCUACCUUUAUGUCUCUCUACUCACCAGUAGACAAAUCAUCAACUACAACAACCACCACAGCACCAUCUUGUACUUCCAAACCACUAAAGAGUGCUGAGGAGGUUUAUGAGGAGAUGAUGAGGAAGGCAGAGAUGCUUCAGAAACAACAGAAGCAACAGCAACAACCAGCAAGACAUGGGCAGUGCUAUGAAGAGGAUGUUAAUGAACAAGGGUAUGAGGAGGAGUAUGAAUAUGAACAAGAUCAAUCAUAUGACAAUGAGGCAGCAGAGACAGAAACAGAUAUUUAUGAAGAGAUCAGACAAACAUCUCAAAACAUUACCAAGAUGCAGCAGGCCACUGAUGAGCAAGUAGAGAUCGAGAUUGAGAGCUCCUACCCGGACAAGCAGCUCCUUGACACAGGCUCAGCCUUUGCUAAGCUUCUUGAGCAAAGCAAUGCUCUGCUAACUCCAGGUACAAGCCCCACCCAGGUGUCAGCUCCUGUCUCCUUUGCUGAGACUGGAGGACGAAUUCCUGAUGUCCGAGUAACACAGCACUUCUCUGCCAAGGAUGGGCACAAAGACAGGAUUAAAAGCCAAGCAGGAAAGAAUGGAAUUACUCCAGCAGUGGCUGCCACCACUAUUGCAGCUUAUGGAGUUUAUGCCAGAGAUGCAGUAACAAUUUCUCAGACCAGUACAAGUUGCACUAUGACGACUACUCAGUCAAGUAUGUGUAGCCGACAAACGGCAAGUCCUGCCACAUCUUCAACUACAGUCUCAAGUGUAUGCAGCAAGAUUGCAGAGAUUACCCAGGCAUACAGUCAAAGGGAAGUGAUCACCAGAAGGGUAGGGGAUACCAGGGAUGUCCAAGUGCGAGACAGCUCUACAUCUUCCACUGAGAGAAUCAUUGAGCCACGUUCUCCCAAGUAUACUACUUAUUACAGGAGCACCAGUCCUCCUCUUUCUCCAUCACCCCCAACAAUGAGUCCCACCCAUUCACCUUCCAGAAGGAACACUGCUGAAUUCUCAACACAGACUUUCAGUUCAGCAUUACGAAGGUCUGAGUCAGCUGGCGCUGAGCCUACGUCUCCAGUGACUGCUCAGGGAACCCAAACAUCAAAUCGAUCAGUGUCCCCACGGCUCUAUCACCAACAGUCUUCCCAGGAUACCCCAUACUCCCCACCUCCAAGCCCAGCUAGGCCAAUGACAGUCAACACUGCUACUUCUCCCCUGUCUUCGCCCACCCGAUUUAGUCGCCAAUCAACAUUUGACAAUUACUCCCCAUGUAACAGCCCUCCAGAUACGCCACCUUACCACCAGUCUCCCACACGUAGUUUCUGCACAACACAAAGAGUGGAAAAAGUAAAUGUUGGAACUAGUAUGGUCACCACAGCCAGCCAUUACAAAAGAGGAUCCAUGUCAAUGGACAACAUCUCCCUCUGUCGAAUAUCUACAGUGCCAGGCACUUCUAGGGUAGAGCAGGGUCAUAUGAUCCAAGGUGGGAGUGUUGUGGACCUCAGAACAGCCACAAAACCAGCUCCUAUUAUCAUGACUGACCAGGGAAUGGAUCUCACUUCAUUGGCCACCGAAAGCAGAAAAUAUCACGGUGGAUCAGAGGGUAGCAGGCAUUCAACAAUUGUACAGCCCAUGAUUAUGAACCUGAACACCCAGGAGAUCAUCACUCCAACAACUGUGAGUGUCACUGUGGCUGCCUCCAUGUUCAUGACCCAGCCAAAACAGCCAUCAGUCUAUGGUGAUCCACAUCACAACCAAGUGGAUCUUGGUCAGGGCAUGGGUACUGCUAUGUGUCUUUCCCAGAACAAACCACUAAUGUCCCCUCCAACUGACCCAGCAAUACCAAAAAUUGAUGCCAAACUGGAAGACCUCAGUAUCCAACAGAAAGAGCUACAAAUACAGCAGGAGAAGCUGCAGAUGCAACAACAGAUCCUUGAACAGCAGUUGCAUCAGCAUCACCAGAUGCAACAUCAGCAGCAAACGGCAUCUGCUUUGGCGAGGUACAGCCUUACCGGACAGAUCUCACCUUUAUUGAAAAAAGACUUGCUAGUCAGUCAGACUAGCGCUGCCUCAGCUGUGGUCAGUGCUGUAACACCAACAAUUAAUCCUGAGCUGUAUGGCGCAGGUCCUGUUGAGCUGAAAGGAAGGCCCAGUCCUCCUGGUGUGAUAUCAGGAGCUAAAUCUCCACAUAGCAUGGUAGUACAGAUGGACGUAGGGCCAGAGCAGGCGAGGGCUGUGACUCAGCUAGUGAAGGUAGAAGAAGGACAGGAUGCUAUGGAUUUGACAGAAGGCCAAUUUAAACCUGACAACCAACCAGCUUGCUGUGAUGUUGUAUACCGACUUCCAUUUGGUGGAAGCUGUGUUGGUGGCGAGACAGAGGGCAUAAGGCCUCCAUCUGCCCCACCUCUUACCUAUGAGUCUGAUCAAGAAAGACAAUCCGGAGGGUACCUUGAUUAUCCAAUGGAUGAACGUAAGGCCUACACAUUACCAUUCCCCGGAAGGCUCCAGCCUUCGAUGUCUGAUACAAACCUUGCUGAAGCUGGGCUACAGUCCUACCACUCCAAACUAGAACCACACAUCCAAACUUCAGCAGAACUUGCUAUGGAUCUAACUGCUAUGAAACAAGGUUAUGGAGGGUUCAUAGGGUUGCAAUAUGGCUCCUAUACAGAUUUACGGCAUGGAGGAGACAUCACAGCCCAAGCACUGCCUAUAAGGAGAUAUAAUUCCUUGUCUAAUAUCAGUUCAGACUAUGGCUACUCUGCUCGUGACAUUGCUGGCUUCCAAGAAGCGAACUUGGCUCAGUACAGUGCUACAACUGCCAGGGAGAUCAGCCGUAUGUGUGCAGCACUCAAUACCAUAGAUCGAUAUGGAAGCAACCCAGACUUGAUGCAGUUUGGUAGUUUGGGGAGAGGAACUGGGCCUGGGGCUGCUAGGCUCGCAGCAAGUCUUGGCAUCAGGCCAAACCUUCUUUUUGGAACAGACGGGAAGCCAAUUUCCCACAGUCAAGCACUAACCAACCUUAUCAAUGCCAGGCAGGCUAGUCUCAGGGCUAUGUACCCUACUGCUAUAAGGUCCUCUGAUGGGAUGAUUUACUCCACCAUUCAGACCCCCAUUGCUUCUACACUUCCCAUUACAACUCAGCCUGCCUCUGUUCUUCACCCAAUACUGAGGGGGGUCUACAGGGCAUACCCCUCUGCUAACAUGACACCUGUGCCCCUAUCCAGUCUCAGCAGACUACCAAUGAGCCCCAGAGUACCCUUAACCGGACAAGCUCCAGUCCGUUACCCAGCUCCAGGUCUUCUCCAAACAACGUCAAUCGCUGCCACUACUGCUGGUGUUGCACCAGUAGGUGCCCCAGUGUAUAUUUCUUUGACAACUACAAGCUCUACAGUCCAGGAUGAACCAGUUUACCUCGGUAGAGGUGCACCCUCAUCAACAGAGGUCACCUCAGUACAAGGAGUUGUCAUACCAAUAGAGCCACAGCAGCAGCCUAUAAACCUGUCCCAGGCCCACCUGAACAGUCAACAACAACAACAACAACAACAGCAACAAGUGGCAACUGCUCAACAGCAUCCUCCAGCAGCCUAUGCCUACCCACCCUCUGCUCCUUCACACAGUCACGGCUACAGCCAACCUCCAGCGGGCCCCUCUGCCCCCACUGGUGGCUUACCCAUUGCAGGGGGUCUUCCUUCCUUCCCUCCACCAGGUGCCGUACAUAAGGAGGGUGAAUCCGAGGCAGAGAGGCUGCAUCGGCAGCAGGAGCAGCUUCUGCAGAUGGAGAGGGAGCGCGUUGAGCUGGAGAAAUUACGACAAUUGCGCCUGCAGGACGAGCUGGACCGAGAAAAGAUGGAGCUGAAGCUGCACAGGGAGAAGGAGCAGAUGCUGGUGCAGAGAGAGUUAAACGAACUGCAGAACAUCAAGGACCAGGUUCUACAGCAACAGCAACAGGAACGCGAGAAACAACUGGUUCUCCAGAGGGAGCAGCUGGCCCAGCAGAAGUCCCAGCUAGACCAGAUCCAGUCUUUACAGCAUCAGCUCCAGCAACAGCUUGUAGAGCAGAAGAGGCAGAAAACAGCUUUAGCUCAGAGCAUGCAGUUGGAUGUGAAUGAACAGCCUUUGCCCUCCUUCACCGACUCUCAGGCGGGCUACCGUUCUCUCCCCAACUCCUCGUCCGAUAUGUGUCUGAGGAGCCAGCAGGAGCCCAUGGAGACCAGGAGCAACAUGAGGAAACACAGCUCCAUGACCAGGCUGAGUAGAGACAGCUUGGACGGAGAGGGCGUGGUGUUUUACGGCUCCCCCCGCAGGAAUGUGGACAGCUGUGUGCAGACAGACGAUGAAGAUGGAGAGGAGAGGUACAUGAUGCGCCAUCGCACCAGAAGGCGUGGUCGCAGCGUUGACUGCUCCGUCCAGACAGACGAUGACGAGGACAAGGAGACGGAACACCCAGUUCGCCGAAGACGUUCCCGUUUCUCCCGGCACGCUGAGUCCAAUGCCACUGGCAGCAGCACUUCCACCGCAGCCACUGACACCAAGACAGACUCUCACAAGAUUGUUUCUUCCAGUAUCGCCAUCCAGACCAUCAGGGAAAUGUCUUGCCAGACUGAAGUGGAGCACCUAGGAAGAGUCUCCCCAGCAAUCCAUGUGACAGUACCAGACCCGAAUAAGGUAGAGAUUGUGCAUUACAUCUCAGGACCUGAGCGGACCAACAAAGGACAGUCUCUAGCAUGUCAGACUGACCCGGAAGCCCAGUCACAGGGUGUUGUAGCCCCUCAGCUCAGUGUACCAACCACAGUCAGUCCAUAUUCUUCCUCUACCAGUACUGGAACUCAACAAUCUGGCUCUGUGGACCUCCUGAGCCAGCAGCGGCAGCAGCAACACAUCACAGCAAACGCAGCCAAGUUUGAGCGACGUCGCCCAGAUCCACUCGACAUCAACUACCAGCCUCACAACCACAUCCACAACGAGUCUAUCUCCAGCAUCAUCCGGCAGCAGCAGACGGCUCCCAAAUCCCCUCAAGUCCUGUACUCUCCUGUCUCCCCGGUGUCCCCUCACCGCCUGCUGGAGAAUUCUCUGUCCAGCGAUAGGCUGAACAAGGCCCACGUCACACCUCAGCAGAAGUCAUACACAGCUGAGUCCCCACAGAGACACCCCUCUGUGCCCAGACCCAUCAAGAGCACCCAGAGGUCCAUGUCAGACCCCAAGUCCCUCAGCCCCACCGCAGAUGAUCACACCAAGGCAAGGCUGUCCCUCUACCAGCAGCAAGUACUCCAGAGCCAGCUGGCUGCCCUACAGCAGAGCUCACUGCUCCGUAAGGUCAAGCGAACCUUGCCCAGCCCUCCUCCGGAAGAGACAACAACAUCAGCUCAUCUGCCCAUGAUGGCACCUGCCCUCCAACAGGUCUACUUGCCCUCCGUGCCCAGCCACAAGCCCGCCACCAGGUCUGGCCUGGCUGCCAAAGCGAGCCUCCUCAAAGACCUCACCCACGAGCUGAAGGCUGUGGAGCAAGAGUCGACAAAGCUGAGAAAGCAGCAAGCUGAACUGGAAGAGGAAGAGAAAGAAAUUGAUGCUAAAUUGAGAUACCUCGAGCUGGGGAUCCACCAAAGGAAAGAGACUCUAGUAAAGGAGAGGGAGAGGAGGGAUAUUGCCUACCUGAGAUGUAUGGGCGACACUAGGGACUACAUGUCUGACAGUGAGUUGAAUAACCUACGUUUAGCAGCUGCAGCUGCAUCACAUGAGACCAAUGGGCUUCUGGCAGUGAGGCCUAGCACUGCUCCUAUGAGUCAGUUCACCAGUGACCUGAACACAGCAGCCCAGUACCCACCCACCUCAUCCUUCCUCUCCUGUCAGUACCCCCAGAGCCAACCCGCACCACCAAUUCAACAAUCAAGUGUGCCGUACCAGCCCACAACAUUCAAUCAGCCUCCCUACCCAACAGUGUCUCAGUCCCAGGCACUGCCACAGCCAACACCCCUUCAGAGCCAUGUCCCCCCUCCAGGACCUUCUUACCAGUCUCAACCUUCCUACCCUUCCCACACUUAUCCCCCAACUCAGCCCCCAUACCCCCAGACAGACAUGGGGUUACCAGCUGCACCUCAGCCUCAACCCCAGCCCGGGCAUACUGGUUUUGGGCCUGCACCGCCUGGUCAGCCCCCAUACCCCACCCACAGCUCACCCUAUCCCAGCGCUGUGUCCUCCUACCCCAGCCAAACCACCCCAUACCCUGGGCAGCCCCAAGUUGAUAUUUUGACAGUACACCCGGGAAGACCAAGGCAGACUUCGCUGGCCGAUCUGGAGCACAAGAUGCCAACCAACUAUGAGACAAUCAGCAACCCCACAGUCGUGGUCACCACCAUGGCUCAGGAAGCUAUCUAUUCCAGUUCAUCCCCCUCUUAUGGUCAGUACACUGGCUCCACAACCAUGGCCAGCUCCUAUGGGCCCUAUGGCUCAGCACCAGUGUCCAGCAGCUAUGGUGGGUACCAAUCAAUGCCAUCCAGCACUUAUGGCCAGUAUACUUCAACCUCAGCUAAUUCGUAUGGCCAGUACACCACAACCAAUGCUAAUACUUAUGGCUACACCACCACCACAGCAAGCUCUUACGGACAGUACACCUCUACGGUUUCCAAUGCCUAUGGGCACCCUGUAGAUAGUCCUUCCACGUACAAUCAUGCUGAUGGAAUAUAUGGAGCUCCUGGCUUAGAGCAGAAUGUCCCAAGGAACUACAUGAUGAUUGACGACGUAAGCGAGCUGACGGCAAAAGACGGGCUGGGCACGACGACAGGGGACAUGAUGCAUCAUGGCGGCAGUGGGCGUUAUCCAGGCGACAUCCACGGCCACAGCAGCACCAUUGGCAGCACGACGCGUGGCAGCUCCUCGUACGGCAGGACACCCGAAGAGGAAGCGGCGAUGCAGGAAGAGCUGUACGACCAACACGGCAGGGGUAAGAGCAGCUACAGGCACGGACCUCUAGGGGGCAGCAGCAGCAGCGUGAGCGCUAGCAUGGGUGGGGGAUCCUCCUAUUACUAUGACUUCGACUACAAAAAUGGCGGCAUCCGCUCCGGGGUACAGAAACCUUCACCAUCCUCCAGAACCCUUCUGGCUCCUGCUGUCAUGUCUACCAAGCGCAGCAAGCACAGGAAACUGGGGAAUAUAGAGCAAAAGAUCUCCAAGUUCUCCCCAAUUGAAGAGGUUCGGGAUGUGGAGGCAGACCUGGCCUCCUAUUCCUCAGCAACAGGUGAGGCUUACCCCUCCUCUCACAUUCGAGGGCGCCAGCUGAUUGAGGAUUACGGAUUCAAGAGGAAUGCUCAAGACAGCCUCAGUGGAGCCUCUCAUGGUAGUCGACACUAUGGUUUGACAGAGGAGGAUGAUAGGAUUUACUACACCUCCACAGGCCGCUCCCGUUCCACCGGCUAUGGCAUGGACAAGAUCUCAGCCAGAGACUACUCCGGGUAUCGCAGCCGAUCCUAUGAGAGGGACGACCGCUCCUACCAAUCUGGUUACAGCCGGGGGCGCCACCCAACCCGGCAGAUCACUGAAGAGGAGAGCCCACUCAGUCCCCUUGGGAGGUUCAUGCGUUCUGGGCGAUCAUCGAGCUUAGGUCCCGACCCGUACGACAGUCGGAGCAGUAGAGAUCAGUACUAUGACGGCCAGUAUGGUUCGAGCCACUCGCUGCCAGAUGUACAAGACCACAUACGGGACCUCCCUCGGACGCAUGUCUACAAAUCGGAUGAUACGUACAUUAUAGACGAUUAUCAUUGCGCUGUGUCAGACAGCGAAGCCUACCAUCUGGGACAAGAAGAAACUGACUGGUUUGAGAAGCCCCGCGCCAGCUCUCGACACUACGGCAGCAGCCACUCAACUGGGAGGACCCGGCACGGUGUCAAACACACCUACCAUGAUUACGACGAGCCUCCUGAGGAGGACCUGUGGCCCCAAGAUGAGUAUGGCCACGGAGGUCGACACUCUACGUCCCGUGACCAUCGCCAACAUGGCAGCUCUAGCCGACACUCAUCCGGGUCACGUCAACCAGAUGAGCCGAGGGCCUCAAGGUCAUCUAAAGGGCACCCAAAAGACCCGUCAAUGCGCCAAGACCCUUCAGUACGAUCGUCAUCUACAGGACGGCGUGGAGAGUCAAGGUCAGGAGGGUACCAUUCUUCGGACUACUCCCGAGACCCAGCUGGGCCCCACCACGGACAACGCUCCUCAAGACAGGGGGACCCGCACCGUUCCUCACGCAGCAAAUCCCAGCCGCCAGGGGACAUGCAGGGCCAACCAGGCUCCUCCAGGUCUGGCAGCAGCUCUCGGGGUCAGGGCUCCUCUGGGGGCCCUACGGGAUCAGGGCGCCAGGGGGGUCCAGGUUUGCAGACAGACGGAGCUCCAGGACAAAGGACCCAGCUCCAACAACAAGCCCAGACAUCAGCGACAAGGCCAGGGCAGCCCAGCGCUGCAUCGACCAUGGGCCCUCAGCAGCAGCCCCCAGCCCAGGGACAAGGCAUGGGCAUGGGCAUGGGGCCGGGCCAGGCCAAGCCGGGACAGAUGGGACCAGCUGGUGGACCCAUGGGGCAGGCCAGGCAGACCGGACCCGCAGGAACCACGCCGGCAAACAUGGCCAAGAUCGACACGCCUCCAGUAACAGCGAUUGGAGCGAAGGCAGCGCCCGUCAUUGCCGCAAAAGCUGCCCUGCCCCCCCUCACAGGCAUAGGCUCCAAGGCAGCUCCUAGGCCAGGAGGCAUUGGCAGUACAGCAGCAGGAGUGCCUGGUAUGGAGGGAGACGGCAUGUUGUCCAAGAUCCUCCCUGGAAACGCCGCUGAGCAGGCCGGCAAACUGGGAGAUGCUAUAAGCGGUUUGGGCAAGAAACUCACCUCUUUCUUCUGAGGUGCUUAAGGACUAUGUAAAUGUGAAAUGACAGCUUCGAGGCCCUGUACCAGACAAACCUGUGGAAUUUCCCCUGCUUUUAAUUUACUAAAAAAGAGAAAGAUGAUGAAGAGAGAAGGGAACAGAGAGGAGAGCUGAGCUUACUGCCAACAAGGACUGGAAUCCUCUGGAUGCUUCAUGUCUCAGGCCUGAGCACACACUGCCAGAGAGAACACGCCGCUCUCUCUGAAAGUUCAGACAAUCAUGCCAACCCAACAUCCAUGCUUUAUCCAGCGUUUCCCAGCCAAAUAAUUAGUCUCCAUCAAACUACCGCGGAGCCCUCCAAACCACCUGUAGCAGUUUCUCCGCCAUUCAUUGAAAAUAACUGGCAGCCAAAAGUCAAAAUGUGUUUAUGCGGCUAUUCCUCCAUGCCAGUAGAGGUAGCUAAACACCAGCGGAGAUCUACACAGUUGUUGGAAGACGAGUAAAACCAAUGGUAGCCAUGCACCACCUAAGUCCUCCGUUUGGAUCUAACCUGCAGUUGCAAUGGAAUAACAAGAUGGUCGCCAAUACGCUGACGACGCCACUGUUUAUACGAGAGCUCCUUGAUCCUGCUUACAGGAAACGGUUGCUUUCCAACAGGCAUGGUGGCAUGCUAGGAUCCUUGGUUUCACAGUCCUGUGCUCAAACUAGGAACAAACCCACCUCUCUCCUCUUUUCUAUCUCUUCUCAAAGUAAAAAAAGAGCGGGGAAAAUGUGAAUAAAACUUGCUGCAGGUUUUUCUGGUACUACAGACCUCUUGUCACUUAAAGGAAAUGUCACGUUGAAUGAAAAAGACAAAGCUAACGACGUAGCCGACCCACAGUCCAUGUUUUUCGGUUUGCGUUUCUUUCCACGGUUUGUUUCUAUCUACAUUCCAGAUUGGAACUGUUUAGACCUUUUGCUCCCCCUCUUCCUCACUUCUCUGCGUUUUUCUUGAAUGCUGAUUCUUCUUCAUUUCCAAUCCCCGCCCAAUGAUCCUCAACUUGCCAUGUCUUUAAAGAAGUGUAUAGUGGAUACAAAAAAAUAAAUAGGAAUUUGGAAUGCAUGGAACUUUAUAUCCAAGACCUUACACUGUUCAUCAUUACUUAACUGAGGCCAUAAGUACACUUGGAAACACUUAGCUAGACGACGUUAACGAUUAAGAGAUUUCCGGAGCAACACACAGGAAUUGGGCCACGGGAAUAAGAGGAGCCUUGUUUUAGUUUUUUUUAAGACAAAAAUAUGGAUUGGUUUUUGGAGUGAAACUGUAUGUCGUCGGGUUGUUUUUCAGCCAUUACAAAGCCAUUGAGACAACAUUCACCUGCAGUGCUUGUGGUGAUGGGGUUUCUCCAACUGCUCCACAACAUUUGGCUCUCAGAUGUUCCUCAUGUUGCUGUUGGUGGUUAUCAUAUCCUGUGUUUCAAUUACUUUCUUUAUUGCUGGUUUUUAUGUUGCAGGUAACCAAUAUUGCCUUAAUCAUUCUUAAAUAUUUUAUUUUGAAGUGACAUAUUUUUUAUUCCACCGUGUAAACACAUAUGUUCAUCACACCUCUUUUUUAUGUAGUGAAAUCUGCUGGAACACUGGACACAGUGAGAUUAAUUUAUAUUUUUUAACUUUGUUUUUGAUAAUCGUUAUUGAUAUUAUUUAUUUUAUUUAUGUUUUGUACUGAAUUCAUCCUGUCGAUUUUACUGACUUAUUUAUUAUCAAUACCUAUAAAAGCAAUAGAGUAAGAGGUAAGGAAGUGAAGAGCACAAUCGUGUGUCAUUUAAAAAGUUGGUGGAGUAGAAACGUGUUGCCUCCGUCUGUCUUACACACCACUCAUGUAACGCUUAAACGUACCACCACCAACGUACUCUGACAAUGUUCUACUGCUGUACUCUUCAUCAGAGAGCAGGAGCUCACCUAUAAACACACGUUUGAUACCCCCAGAUCUCCUCCAACGACCAACAGUGAGACAUCACGUCUUCACUCACAGGAAGUGUGAUGCGCUGCUUGUGUUGGCCAGCUGGAGUCGAUGUGAAGCACUGCAGGGCAGCAGAGAGGCACUGAAACGCAGACCAGACACACAUUGCGGCAGAACUGGACUUUUUCACCUGCGGGGGUUCAAUGUGAUUUCUCUGAAAAUCCAACAUGGACGUUCUUUAGGAGCACCGCCACGCUCCUUUUACACAUCGGUGUGUAUCAGCAUGUGUCUUCACUCACUGCACACGUGAAAGCACACGGUGUCAAAAGAACGAAGAAGAAACAAAAAAAAGCACUCACGUGACUGAGGAACCAAAUAUAACACACUUGGUUGUGUCACAAAGUCACUCGCCUUUUUUUAACUUUUCAUUUUCUAUCAUGGUGGUGUCCAAGACCAAACCCCCUAAAACCUCUCUCUCAGACUGUCAUGGAAAAACUUCUCAGGUCAGUGUUCUCCCUGCUGUCGCUCCUGCAGUGCAUUGUGGGAUCUUCGGUUUCGGUACUCAAAAAACUGUCGGGCCAAACAUUGCGAGGCCUUCAGCAAAACCAACAAAACCCAACCAACUUCUGCUGUAUAUUGUCUGUGUGAACGCUCGCUGGGAACCUUCGCAUGCCGCCCGGCGCAGAAAACCUCAAGAUCACCUCUAUAUUGUUCUGUUCCUAAUGUUUGUAUGUAUGUGUGUGGGGGUCUGUAUGCGUGUAUUUAAAGGCCAUCAUCCAAUGUGGAAAAAAGAAAAGAAAAAACACGAGUUCAACCACGACAAAUAUGGUGGGCAGAAGAGGCGACCUCUCAUCUCCAGUCCUUCUAUGCAAUGACUCAUAUUUGGUCAAAACACGAGGAAGAAAAGCGAAGUGAAAAUACACACCAAUGGGAAAAGUCAUUGUUUAUCACACUUGAGUUAUUCUAAUAAUAUCCAUUUGGUUUGGCAUUCCUCAUAAAUCUAAAUAAGGAGGUUCUGUGAAUGUGUGUAUACUAUAUCUCACCGGUAGGUUAGGAAAUUAUAAGAGGGGUCUUUUCUUUACUCGUGGUAAUCCUCUCCCUAACUGGGGUCUCUUUGUGAAGAUGUGUUCAUGGUAGCUGGGAAAUGGCAAUGAUAGGCAAGAAAGGAGUGUUGCUGUUAAGAUGAUUUGAGGUCUAGCAGUUCUUUAUUUGCAAUACAAAUACAAUUCAAAAAAUUCAAACAACAAAUAGGUCAAUGUCAUUUUCAAUGAGAAUUUGAAAUAAUAAUAGACCUAAAGUUAAUAAUAAAAAGUCCACAUAAGAUGCUUAACAAUAAAAAAGAGUCUGUUUGCUGUUCUAAACACCAAUAUUAAAGAAGAAAGAAAAAAAUAUAAUAAGAAUAUAUUUUUUGAAUGGGCAUUUACCAUAAGCAAUGACAAAUCCCAGGUUUCAUGAACGUUGCAAACAAGGCCAAUUUGCUUUUUUUGGCGCAGGGUACACAGAAAAGUUGUCCAGAGAUUUAUAAAUACAAAAAGGAAAGACUAUAAAUAUAUAAAUAAGGAUCUCAAUACAUUCCCUAAUAUAGGUUUCAACUGCUCAGGGGUGAAGAAGAAGAAAUGCUCCUCUUUUUCUUAUUUUAUUUAUUUAGCAGGACCCAACAUGUCAUGUUAUUGUCUACAUGUGUGCACUCGUUGUUUGCAGAGAAAUAACUAUUUAAAGAAUAUUUAAGAUACUCAAAAGCCGUACAAAUACAAAUAUAUACACAUGAUAGAUAAGAUGACACUAUAUUAUAUUAGACACAAAAUACUGAACUUUUCAAGGCAUUCCUGAAUUAAAUGAACUGAUGAGAGUGUUGGUGUUUGAAGAUGAACUGCCACGACACACUUAGAAUUUAUAAGCUAAAUACACUGGAACGGAAAUUACUGAAAAGAUAACAGAUUUAAGAAGAGGUGGUUUAUGAAGUAUAACACAUUGUUUAUCUCCCAACUCCUACACUUUCUUUUAAGUCACUGUGUAAAACAAACCAGUAUAUAUUUUUUUUGUGAGACAUUUAUGAGAGGAUUUAUCUAUGUCAGAAUGUAUUUUAUCAUACUGAGAGGGGAUAGAAAGCUGAUGAAAGACAGGAGCGAUGAAGAAGAGAGGUUUAUAAUAUCAAUAAUAAUAAUACAUGGUAUUUAUAUUGCACUUUUCCUGGUGCUCAAAGAUGCUUGGGUCGUUAAGACGUUUAGGUAUUGAAAUAUAUAGACACAACAAUUUUAUUUUAUAACAAUAUAUGAGAUUAGAGGCUAUUGAAAAACGCUAGAAUGCUAGGUCAUCAUUCAGAUACAAAGCUGCCGUACACUGCAACAAGAUCAGUGACUUCACCCUGGAAGCUUUAAAGGAGUAUCAAACUAGAGCAAAUCAUAUGAGAGAGAAAGUUUCAAGUUAUCCCGAUUAUUACCAACCUUCUCUAUUUUAUGUCGUAUGUUUUUGGAGGUUUGUAAAAAGUUAAAUAAAACGUUCUUCAAUCACUUUUGCCUCAGGAAAGCACUAACAAAAUGCAGCAUCCUAACUGAGAUAUAGAUAAAUAUAGCGUUGUUUAUGCAGGUGCAAUAAAUUGGACAAUUUACGACACAAAUAGACCUUCUUAAGGCUGGGGUCUGUGUCAAAUGUGUGAAAAAUGUCACUUUUGUUGCUCCUGUGUGAAGAAAGCCACCGAAGGUGACGUCAAUAUGCAUAGCAGCAAGGGCUUUAUACUACAAUACUGGUUACUGAAGAAAGCCAUCCUGUUACUGCCCUAGUCGUGGUCUCUGUCUAUACUCUGCAUGGGGUCUGUUUAUAUCCUGGAGCGCAAGAUCAGACCACAGCAAAGCAAAAAUCACUGAGCCACAGACGGCUUUUUCAGAAGUGUUGGAAGCACAAAUGUAGUCCAUAAUAGAAGAUAGAACCAGAAUUGAAUUGAGAUCGGGUCAGGAAUAGCUUCUUUAAGGAAUAUAGUUCAAACUGAUUCCAUGGGUCAUUUGGAUCAGAUCUAUGUUUAAAAAUGUAAAUCUAAGAAGUCUUUACUCAUUUUCUAAUCCGACAUCAAGACUCUCCGCAAUAAGGACAAACCGAAUGUGGUGCUGAAAUUACUUUUAGCACCACAAAGAGUUAAAACAGUCCACGGUAUUCAAAUGCAGCUUCGAGUGCUUUUGGGAAACUGGACUGUGUGUUCUCAACCAAAAAGGUAGCAAACAAUGCUUGUACAGUAUGUAGUGUAGGAAUGGAGAAAGAUUUAAAAACACAUCAAAAUAUAUAUAUAUAAAUCUAUAAAAGAGUAAAUGUUUCAUAGGUGAGAGGUUGUGAUAAAGACAGAAAUAAACAGUCCAUCAUUCACAGAGCAGUUAUUCAUGUUCCACCUGUAAUGAAGCAUCUAAGUAAAGUGCAUGAACUGGACACCCCCCACCCCUCGACCUUUUUAAACCCCUGACCUUUGACCUUCACCUCACGGGCUGCCAUCUUUUUCCAGUGUAAAUACCAGAAGAGAACUAAAUGUAAAUGCCAUGAGGGAUGUGUUCUGUGCGACACACUAACAUACUACAACACACACACACACACACACACACACACAGGCAGGAGAGAAGCCUUUGCACACCACACAGCGACACAAGCUGGAGCGUAUGCAAGCCUCCCUGCCCAAACUGUGUGUGCAUAAAAACCACACACACUACAUGAAACACAAGAGUUGUAGAUUUGGAGUAUACAUGACGAGAAUCGCAUUGUGUACGUUAGUGCUCGUGCGGACUCAUUAAACAAGUUGUAUUCGGAAAUGAAAAAAAAAUGAAAAAAUAUAUUGGUCUGUGUAGAGUUUCUAUACCUGUUGUGUUUGUAAAAUGAGAUGACAUCGAAAACAUAAAAAAAAGGGGGGGUAAAUAUCUGGCUUCCAUGUAAUUUUUCAGGGUGGACAGAUUUUUUGGGUGGAGAUGAAGAGGGUUGGAUGGUGAAAAAAUAACCCAACAAAAUGAAUGAAAAAAAAGAGGGUGAAAAUAAACUACAGAAAAAAGGUUGAGAGCCUACAAAUGAUUACAAAGUGUUCCAUUCACUGUUGUAAGUGCAAUGAGCUAACUUCCUGUUCCCCAUUGUAAAACCUUGUGUAUGUUUCCGUGUAUUCCUCCUGUAAAUGGGUGUAGUAGACCUGGUGCAUCAUGCCAUGUAAUGUGAUGAAUGACAAAUUAUGACCUUACAAUACAUUUCAAUCAGGAAAAUAAAUAAAAGGCAAAUACAUAAAAAGAAAA